GUUCACACAAAAGUACGAACGUGCACGUUCACGUUCAUGUCCACACAAACGCCCACACUCACGCCGAGAUAAAACCUUGAGGUCCCUCCCUGUUCAGCCUUACUUUACCUGAGAGUUUCUUACUGUCCACUUUAGCUGAAGUCCACAGGAACCUAAGAGAAGAUUAAACAUGGCGACCUCCGGGUUACAGAUCGGCGGAUUCCUGUUAGGAGUCAUCGGAGUGGCUGCGGUCAUAGCCGCAACCGCAAUGAACAACUGGAGCACGCAGGACCGCCAGGGCGACGUCGUCACCGCCGUGUACACGUACAAAGGCCUGUGGCAGGACUGCGAGGUGUCCACGUCUGGGUUCACAGAGUGCCGGCCGCUCUACGGCCUUCUGGGAUACUCAGCCCAGUUCCAGGCAGUGAGAGCGAUGAUGAUAGUCAGCGUUAUCUUGGGUAUAAUCGCUGGCGUGAUCUCGUUGUUCUCUCUGAAAUGUUUCAAAAUGGGAAGCACCGAGGAUUCGACCAAAGCCAAAAUGACGCUGACGGCAGGCAUCAUGUUCAUUAUUGCAGGUAUCUGUGGCAUCACUGGAGCUUCCAUUUAUGCCAAUCAGAUCGUAGCCAGCUUCAUGAUGACCACCUACAACCCUAAUUAUGGCGGGAUGAACCAGAUGCAGAUGGAAGGAAUGGGAAUGUCUAUGGUUAACAGGUUCACAUUCGGACCGCCCCUCUUUGUGGCCUGGAUCGGAGGAGGCAUGCUGCUCAUAGGAGGAGUUUUAAAGUGUGUGGCCUUCAAAGGCUUGCACGCCGAGACGAUACCCUAUAAGACAGUGGCGUAUAAAGUACCAGCUCAGUCGAGAUCAGCAGAGGAGAGCAGUGAGCGAGGACAGAAAUAUGUUUAAAACUCCUUCGAUCCUCCAGGAUUUACCCGUUUCUUACUGACUGUGUUCCACCUUCAUUUCCUGUCCCCCUCUCUCUGCCCACUCCCCCCCCCCCCCCCCCAGAGCAGUAUAAUAAACACAAGAUUUGAUAAUAAAUGAGUUAUUAUGGUAAACUCGCUGCUUCUUUGCACUAACACACUGUUUUUCCUCUAAACGUAUUUUCAUAAUCAACAUUUGGUUUGCUUUUUUUUGUAAACAAUAAAUAAAAUUGGAAUAC